GCAUUUCGCGUUGCUGCUACCAUCAAUCACAAAUCGCAUAACCACCAACGAUGAGCGUUCCGAAGGCAGUUGCAGCGACGAUCCGAUUGCGAGUUCCAGCCGGAGCAGCACGUCCGGCGCCACCAGUCGGACCAGCGCUAGGUCAAUACCGAUUAAACCUUAUGGCGUUCUGCAAAGACUUCAACGCAAGAACUCAGAAAUUCAAAGCAGAUACACCAAUGGCGGUUACAAUAACAGCUUACAAAGACAACACGUUUGAGUUCACUGUCAAAUCUCCUUCCGUCUCGUGGUAUUUGAAGAAAGCCGCCGGUAUCGAAUCGGGAAGCACUCGUCCCGGUCACGUGACUGCUACGACUUUGUCGCUUCGGCAUGUGUAUGAGAUCGCGAAGGUGAAACAAUCUGAUCCUUAUUUGCAGAAUAUGCCUCUUGAAUCCAUUUCGAAAUCGAUUAUUGGUACUGCUAGUAGUAUGGGAAUCAAAAUUGUUAAGGAUCUUGAAUGAAUGAAUGAAUGAAUGAAUGAAUUGAUGAUUUAGGGAUUUCAAACUUUGAAUAAUAUUGAUUCUGUUUGAAAAUGUAGCAAUGUAAUGUUUCUUAGGUUUUCACAUGAUUAAUGACAUGGUUUUGUUCUGUAUUUUUCUUCUUCUGUUGAAUACAUGUUUAGUGGAAGAAAGUGAUUAUAAUCUUAAUGUUAUUUAGCUAA